GUCUCGUUGGCAUCAGAGAUAACCCUGGACUCAGACUGGACUUCACAGCAGCCUUCAGCCGUCCGAGGAGAAGCAUCUCUACACAUCUUCAGUCUCUGCUGGACUUCUCUUCAGCUCCAGUGAAAGCUGCUUCAACGGAAACACUGCUUUACGCUCAUCUAAAGUCAAAAACCUCCGGCCGAAUCAUGCAGCACACCUUCAGAGCCAUCACACACUCGCCGGGGAUUCUCGUCUGGAGGAUCGAGAAAAUGGAUCUCGUUUUGGUGCCGGAAAAAUUUCACGGACAGUUUUAUGAAAGUGACUGCUAUUUAUUGCUCUCAACACGCAAAACUGGCAAAUCUGCAUACUAUGACAUUCAUUACUGGAUCGGCUCCACGUCGUCUCUGGAUGAGCAGGGUGCUGCGGCCGUCUACGCUGUCCAGCUGGACGAGUUCCUGGGUUCCUCGCCCAUCCAGCACCGCGAGGUCCAGCACCACGAGUCCAGCAUCUUCUGCGGAUACUUCAAACAGGGCAUCAUUUAUAAGUCAGGAGGGGUUGCAUCGGGAAUGAACCACGUGGAGACAAACACCUACAACAUCCAGAGACUGCUGCAUGUGAAAGGGAAGAGGAAAGUGACCGGCACCGAGGUGGAAAUGAGCUGGAAGAGCUUUGACACGGGGAGUGUGUUUCUGCUGGACCUGGGCAGGACCAUCAUCCAGUGGAACGGCCCUGAAAGCAACAAACAAGAACGUCUGAAGGGCAUGAUGCUGGCCAAGGACAUCAGGGAUCGAGAGAGAGGCGGCCGGCUGGAGAUCGGCGUGAUCGAAGGCGAUGCGGAGGCAAACUCUCCGUCAGUAAUGGAGCUGAUGGUCAGUAUUCUGGGAGACCGGCCCUCCACGCUGCCCAGCGGGACACCGGACGAAGUGACCGACCGGGAGCAAAUGUCUAAGCUCACCCUUUAUCACGUGUCAGAUGCCAACGGAACCAUGAACAUCACAGAGAUCGCCACCAGUCCGCUCACACAGGACAUGCUCAAUCACGACGACUGCUAUAUUCUGGAUCAGGGAGGCAUGUCUAUAUUUGUGUGGAAGGGAAAGACGGCCAACAAAGCUGAGAGACAAGCAGCGAUGAGCCGAGCUCUGGAGUUCAUUAAAGUAAAGGGUUACCCGCUCACUACUAAAGUGGAGGCUCUCAGCGACGGAGGAGAAUCGUCUCUCUUCAAACAGCUCUUCAAGAGCUGGAGGGUCAGAGAGCAGACGGCAGGCCUGGGCCGGACACACACCGUGGGGAGAGUGGCUGAUGUCACUCAAGAGAAGUUUGAUGCCACCCGGAUGCACGUGAUGUCUGACGUUGCUGCACAGGAGCGCUUGGUGGACGACGGCAGCGGACAGAAGCAGGUGUGGCGCAUUGAGAAGCUGGAGCUGGUGGAGGUGGAGCCUGAAAUGCACGGAUACUUCUAUGGAGGCGACUGCUAUCUGAUUCUCUACAGCUACGAUGUUCACGGCAGGAACAACUACAUUCUUUACAUGUGGAAGGGCCGUCAUGCGUCUCAGGACGAGGUGACGGCGUGUGCGUAUCAGGCAGUGACUCUGGACCAGCAGUACGGAGAUCAGCCUGUUCAAGUCAGAGUCUGCAUGGGGAAGGAACCACGGCACUUCAUGGCCAUCUUCAAGGGCAAGAUGGUCAUCUUCGAGGGAGGGACGUCCAGAAAGAGUGCCCCGGAGCCGGAGCCGCCCGUCCGUCUGUUUCAGAUCUGCGGCUCUCACCCCACCAACACCAAAGCUAUAGAGGUGCCUGCUCUGGCGGCCUCGCUCAACUCCAACGACGUCUUCCUCCUGAAGAGCCAGAGCGGCAUCUACCUGUGGUAUGGCAAAGGCUCCAGUGGAGACGAACGGGCCAUGGCAAAGGAGGUGGCCUUCUUCAUCGGUCGAGGCUCAUCAGAGGAGAUCAUGGCUGAGGGACAGGAACCAUACGAGUUCUGGGAAAUCUUAGGAGGAAAAGGACCGUAUGCAAGUGACAGAAGAUUACAGCAGGUUACUCUAGACCACCAGCCGCGUCUCUUUGAGUGCUCCAACAAGACCGGCCAGUUCAUCGCCACCGAGGUAACCCAGUUCACUCAGGAGGAUCUGAGGGAGGACGACGUCAUGCUUUUGGACACGUGGGAUCAGGUCUUUCUCUGGAUAGGAAAUGAAGCCAAUGAAGUGGAGCGUAAGGAAUCGGUGACAAUCUGCCAGGAAUACCUGCGCACUCAUCCUGGAUCCCGGGACCCCGACACGCCGGUGAUCAUGGUGAAGCAGGGCUUCGAGCCUCCCACCUUCACCGGCUGGUUCACGGCCUGGGACGCCACUAAAUGGAGCGGCGGAAAAACCUACGAGCAGCUGAAGGAGGAGUUAGGAGAGAUUACUCUGCCCACUAAAGUGGACUCUGGAUCCAAUGGUACGGAGAGUAAAACCGUCUCACAGUAUGCACCAGAAAUGCUGAUCAAUAAGCAGUCCGGAGAGCUGCCGGAGAACGUGGACCCCGCUCACAGAGAGAGAUAUCUUUCUGAUGAAGAUUUCCGGAGCGUUCUGGGACUCUCCAGAGAACAGUUUGAAGGUUUGCCUCAGUGGAAGCAGAAGACCAUCAAGAAGCAAAAGGGAUUGUUUUGAAGGAGCCGUGUAUUUUUAGAGC